AAGAUUCUAAGAUUUUAUUCAAAAAUUUGUUUGUGAAAACAGGGACGGAAAUUUAAGUGCUUUAAUAUUCAGAUUCAGUAAAAUUCAGAUUAUUUUUCGGAUUUUAAAAACUUAUUGAAAAAGGAUGGGUAACAUUUGCUCUUCAUUAAUCACACCAUCGGAUAUGAAAAUAAAUAUGUCCAAGCCACUUUUAACUCACAACAAUGAAUUGCCACAGGGACAGAAUAAUAAUCUUAUUCCCAAAUCGACUUGUAGCUGCCAUAUUAAGAGUAAGAAAAGGCUUCAACCAGGAAAAAGAAAAAAACCUAUCGGAAACUCACUUAAACGCAAAAAUAAAGCUGUUCGGAAGAAAGUAAAAAAACUGGGUAAGUCUGCUAAAAACUUAAUGAGUAAUUCAAUAACAGCAAAUCAAGAGCAGGAACAACUUGAUGAGGAAGACUUGUGUUGCUGCAGUACUCAGAGUCUUCCCAUUACAGAAGUUGUUUCUAACGAAGAAUAUGAAGAAUACUCUGAUCAAUUUAUCAAGCAAGGAAAACGUAAGAGGCAAUGUAAAAUGUCCAAAAAGGCUAAAAAAAGAACAGUGAAGAAAAAUAAAGUUUGUCAAAGACUGUGCUGUCGUUGUAAAGCUGCUAACUGCUCUAUUACCGAAAAACUGUUUUCUAGUCAAAAAUCAAAGAAGACGAAAAAAGCUAAGAAGUACAAGAAAGCUGGAAAUAAUACAUGCCGUAAUAGUACAGAUAAUUGCCUACCUGCAGAAGAACUAACUGUUGAACAGGACCAUUUGAAUGACCACCGAAGCAAGCAAGAGAAAGGAGAAGAGUGUUGUCAACUUGGUGGGAUGUUGAGACAAACAACUAAACCCAAAAAAGUUGUGGUUGUCUAAAGGAACCAAUAAUUAACAUUCCAAAAAUAAGCAAUUGCAAAAUUUUGGUACUACUUUUAAAAAUUCAAUAUAAAUCUUAAAGUGCAGUUGUGCAUCACUAAAAUGCAUUCAUUGGAAUAACAAAAAACAACAUAUUACCAUAACAUCUAUUUUAGAUACAUACAAAAUGAAGGUUCGGGAUUUUCUAUGUAUAAAAACUUUGUUUUCGAAUAUUUUAUCUACAAAUUUGAUUAUUUGAUUUAAGUUUAAACAGUUUAAAUAGUGUUAUAGAUUAACAAGAGCUCCAAAAUUCUGUAUGAUAAAAUUUCAUAAAGAUUAGAAGCAUCAAAACAAGUUUCAUAUAAUUGUGAACAAAUAACUAUGUAUGGAUAGCAAACUUAUUCUUCUUAACGGCACUUAAUUCUAAAACGUCUAGGGGAAUAAAAAUUCUUAAGUUAUUCUAAAGUGAAUAUAGAACAUAAAACUAAAAUAAAUAAGUGGUAAAGACCACUGCAAUAUGGUACAAUUCUCCAAUUCCACAGAAGAAUUAUCAUAUCAACAUCUCAUAGAGAACUAUUCGUUAUUAGAAACUUAAAUGAGUUGUUGUCCUGUCAGUUUGAAUAAUUCUUGUUGUUGUUGUCCUGUCCUGUUAUUUUCUAGUGAAUUCUAGUGAAAUAGUUUUUCUAAUAUAAUAAAAUGUGAAAUACAUUAAGUUUUAUACCAAAAUUUUGUAAAUAUUGCUAGGAUACCAUAUAUUUUUUGAGUCACUCGAUUUACUUCGUAAAUCCUAAAAUUCAUUUAACUGUUCUUGGAUGAUAAUGGCGAGCUUGUAAUAAAAAACGUUUGCAUCUAUUAUCAUCUG